GACCGGUUGACGAUGUGAGAGAACAAGUUGCAUUGUUUUAUGUAUAUUUUUCUGCACUCACUGCAUGUAUUGGGGUAUUAUUUAUUACAAGACCAGAUCACCAGGUAACUGAUGCCUCCCAUAGAAGGCCAGCCCCCAGGGCCUGGGGGUGCAGGUGCUCUGGCCCAGCCUGGACCUGGAACCAUCCCCCUGGCUACCCUCAUUGACUUUAUUCUACAGAGAACAUAUCAUGAACUCUCUGUGCUCUCGGAACUGCUUCCAAGAAAAACUGAUAUGGAAAGGAAAAUUGAAAUAGUUCAAUUUGCGAGUAGAACCAGGCAGUUAUUUGUGCGCCUCUUAGCCCUGGUGAAGUGGGCCAACAGCGCCAGCAAAGUGGAUAAAUGUGCUGCGAUCUCCUCCUUCCUGGACAAGCAAGCCAUGUUGUUUGUGGACACAGCCGAUAUGCUGGCUAAGGUGGCCCACGAGACCAGGAUGUCUGCCAGGUUGCCAGCUUUCUCCAUCCCCUGUGCCAUAGAUGUGCUCACCACAGGUACAUAUCCCAGACUGCCGACCUGUGUUAAGGAGCGUAUUGUGCCAGCUGACCCUAUCUCCCCCAUAGAGAAAAGAGAGACAUUACAGAGAUUGAACCAGAUCAUAGAGUACAGGCUGGUCACCAGUGACCUCCCACCACAGAUGAAGAAACUCAAAAUUGCUAAUGGCAGAGUGAAGUUUCUGGUGGAACAUGAGUUUGAGAUCACCCUAACCCUGAUGGGAGAUGGGCCGUCCAUACCCUGGCGACUGCUGGAUAUUGAUAUACUGGUGGAGGACCAUGAGACAGGAGAUGGGAAGGCGUUGGUACACACUCUCCAAGUAAACUACAUCCACCAGUUGGUCCAGUCCAGACUACUGGACAAUGACAGGCCAUUACAUGACCUCUACAACUGUCUGCAUUCUUUCAGCCAGUCAUUACAGCUGGAGGUGCUGCACUCACAGGCUGAGAGGCUGAGGAGUCAGAGACUGGGAGAUCACAUCCGUGUGGAGGAGUACACUGCAGGGAGAAGUCUGGUCGUCUCCUACUGGAGACUUCAGGUUAAGAGAGACACAAAGCCUGCAGACCAACCACCUGUGUAUAAGCUGAGUAUCCAUGUGGAUGAGGCAGACCCAGGUAAACCUCUCCAGGUGACUCACACACCUGAGAUCCAAGGCAAGGAGAGUUACCGCGUGGCCCAGGCCAUUAAGAGUGAUCAUCUUUCCAUAGAAAAACUACUUAUCCAAACUAUUCAGGUUAGAAGCCAGGCUAGACUGAGAGAACUAGAAAAGGAUGUCAAGAAAUUUGCUGGAGGCCCUUGUGAAAUCAAAGGUGUUCCCCCCACUCUCCUGGUGCCUGUGCUGUUUCCUUGCAUGGAUUCCGAGAAAAUGUUGAUAUCAGUGGACAUACAGCGGGGACUCUUCCUGACCAGCAUGCCUCAGUAUGGUGCCAAAUGCAAGGUAGCAGACGACAUAGAGGAGAGUCUGAACUCUGGCGGCAGGGAGCUGGCCAGGCUGAUGACUGAACUGAGGAUCUGGCUAGGAAUACAGAGGUGUGAGAAGUCCAUCCAGCACCUGCCUGCUGCCGCCUACAGCUUCAUCCCUCUAACACAGUACGCAGGGCACCCAAUAGAAAACCUGGGGCCCUGGAAGCUGUAUAUUAAGUUAUUAAAGCAGGCAAACUUCUAUGUGGUAGUGGACAUCCAGGCUAAAGGUAUCAAAGCUAUAGAGUACAACUACUACCUGCUACAGGUAGAGCCAUGUACCUUUGAGAAGGCAGAGAAUGAGAUUAUGGAUGACAUCCCCACUGCCUACCUGAGACCUAAAGUGAUCACCAAGUUUGACACGUAUGCCAUCACACAUGGACCCCUGGCUAAGAUACACGAUGCUGAGGUUGAUGAAAAUGAAGAAGAGUCCCUGGAAAGGAAGAGAAAGAUCCUGCAGGGGGAUGUGGAUGGUCCCCCCAGGAAGCAGGCCAGGGUAGCAGCUUACUUUGUGUCAGAGCUGGUCCACAUCUUGGCCGCCACUGAGGACAGGAUACCCUUUGUAAAUCUGGGACAAGAGCUCCAGAAUCGUGGCAUAGGGCACCAAGGUGUCCAGGUGGACGGCAACGGCUCCUGCUAUGCUCUCACUGUGGUGGACAUCCCAUGCAGCGCAGACACAGAGGCGCUGAAGCAGGACCUGUUGUCAUGUACAUUUAGGGUCCAAGGCAAGACUCGCAGCUGGCACACUGAGCUUGUGUUUACCAACUGCCCUGUCAUGAGUACAAGUCCCAAGGAAAAAAGUAUCAUCCACCGUGUGGUGUGUAUGUAUGAGUUAAGUCAUGAUGGAGAUGCCAGUAAACUGGUACAAGACUUCAUGGAUGACUGGGCCACACUGGGACAUCUCUACAAGGCCGUGCUGGACUUCUCCAUUCAGUAUAAAAAUCCCAGCACCCAUCUACACAACAUGGUGGAGAUAAAGAGUUACUCCUACAAGCGUCUGGUGCUGGGGUAUGGCCCCAGUAAACUGUGCAGUGUGAACAUCCAGUGGAGCCGAGAUAGGACCCAGUUUGUGUUGGCGUUUGGUACCUGUGGCCCCAGCAACACGGCUAACCCGCACACCUUGGUGGCUACACAGCUUCAGGCUGAGUUCAACAAACACAAGUCUAUUGCUACAUUGGCUCAGACUCUGCAUGAAACAUGGAUGCCCAUGGCAGCCAUCUGCAAACUCCACACCACACCCUUCAUGGCACAGGCUCCAAAAGCUCAAGCUGCCAGUGUUCCUCAGCCCAAUCCACUGUUCUCAGUGAUUCCUCAGUCUUCAACACACAUCAGAAUAGGCUACAGGAAUACGUAUCCUUGGUGGUGUAUGAGAGAGAGUGCCAAGUGCAAGGUAGCAGACGACAUAGAGGAGAGUCUGAACUCUGGCGGCAGGGAGCUGGCCAGGCUGAUGACUGAACUGAGGAUCUGGCUAGGAAUACAGAGGUGUGAGAAGUCCAUCCAGCACCUGCCUGCUGCCGCCUACAGUUUCAUCCCUCUAACACAGUAUGCAGGGCACCCAAUAGAAAACCUGGGGCCCUGGAAGCUGUAUAUUAAGUUAUUAAAGCAGGCAAACUUCUAUGUGGUAGUGGACAUCCAGGCUAAAGGUAUCAAAGCUAUAGAAUACAACUACUACCUGCUACAGGUAGAGCCAUGUACCUUUGAGAAGGCAGAGAAUGAGAUUAUGGAUGACAUCCCCACUGCCUACCUGAGACCUAAAGUGAUCACCAAGUUUGACACGUACGCCAUCACACAUGGACCCCUGGCUAAGAUACACGAUGCUGAGGUUGAUGAAAAUGAAGAAGAGUCCCUGGAAAGGAAGAGAAAGAUCCUGCAGGGGGAUGUGGAUGGUCCCCCCAGGAAGCAGGCCAGGGUAGCAGCUUACUUUGUGUCAGAGCUGGUCCACAUCUUGGCCGCCACUGAGGACAGGAUACCCUUUGUAAAUCUGGGACAAGAGCUCCAGAAUCGUGGCAUAGGGCACCAAGGUGUCCAGGUGGACGGCAAUGGCUCCUGCUAUGCUCUCACUGUGGUGGACAUCCCAUGCAGCGCAGACACAGAGGCGCUGAAGCAGGACCUGUUGUCUUGUACAUUUAGGGUCCAAGGCAAGACUCGCAGCUGGCACACUGAGCUUGUGUUUACCAACUGCCCUGUCAUGAGUACAAGUCCCAAGGAAAAAAGUAUCAUCCACCGUGUGGUGUGUAUGUAUGAGUUAAGUCAUGAUGGAGAUGCCAGUAAACUGGUACAAGACUUCAUGGAUGACUGGGCCACACUGGGACAUCUCUACAAGGCCGUGCUGGACUUCUCCAUUCAGUAUAAAAAUCCCAGCACCCACCUCCACAAUAUGGUGGAGAUAAAGAAUUACUCCUACAAGCGUCUGGUGCUGGGGUAUGGCCCCAGUAAACUCUGCAGUGUGAACAUCCAGUGGAGCCGAGAUAGGACCCAGUUUGUGUUGGCGUUUGGUACCUGUGGCCCCAGCAACACGGCUAACCCGCACACCUUGGUGGCUACACAGCUUCAGGCUGAGUUCAACAAACACAAGUCUAUUGCUACAUUGGCUCAGACUCUGCAUGAAACAUGGAUGCCCAUGGCAGCCAUCUGCAAACUCCACACCACACCCUUCAUGGCACAGGCUCCAAAAGCUCAAGCUGCCAGUGUUCCUCAGCCCAAUCCACUGUUCUCAGUGAUUCCUCAGUCUUCAACACACAUCAGAAUAGGCUACAGGAAUACUUAUUGUCUAGAUAUCCACCUGAGGAGUAACAAGAUGGUAUCGGUGAGAGACGGUGCCUACAGCUGGUUUGAUACCAGUAAGGUCGUGGAGGGCUUCACACCAACUCCUGGAUUAAAGACAUUCCUCAACCACUUUGUUGAAGAGGGCGUUCCAUCAGGUAUGUCCCGCAGAAGGUCCACCACGGAGGACGACAACCCACCAUCGCCUGUUGGCAUGGACUCCAUGGAGACAUUCAUGAACCAGCCCCAGCAGAUAGGAUCUCCCGUCAAGAAACAAGAUGGCGGCAGUGGAGGGGGGUUGAGGUUUCCAGGACCCAUGACACCCCCGUCCAACCCCCACACCCCCGCGUCUCCUAGUGGGGCAAGGCUGGGGCAGUCUGGGUACAGUGCCUCUCCAGCCGCAGCGUUCCCACUGGCAUCGCCACCCUCCCUACAGAUGGGGACACCGUCGCCUGGCAACGUGCUCGGCGUGUCCUCUCCUGGCAACCCUCAGCUGCAUGUGCCAUCUCCAGGUUCAUUUGUUCCAGCCCCUUCUCCAUCUUCCCUGGGGAUCCAUAUGCCGUCUCCCGCCACAGCUUUCAUCAGCCCUCAAGACUGUGGCCUCAGUUAUUGUCUAGAUAUCCACCUGAGGAGUAACAAGAUGGUAUCGGUGAGAGACGGUGCCUACAGCUGGUUUGAUACCAGUAAGGUCGUGGAGGGCUUCACACCAACUCCUGGAUUAAAGACAUUCCUCAACCACUUUGUUGAAGAGGGCGUUCCAUCAGGUAUGUCCCGCAGAAGGUCCACCACGGAGGACGACAACCCACCAUCGCCUGUUGGCAUGGACUCCAUGGAGACAUUCAUGAACCAGCCCCAGCAGAUAGGAUCUCCCGUCAAGAAACAAGAUGGCGGCAGUGGAGGGGGGUUGAGGUUUCCAGGACCCAUGACACCCCCGUCCAACCCCCACACCCCCGCGUCUCCUAGUGGGGCAAGGCUGGGGCAGUCUGGGUACAGUGCCUCUCCAGCCGCAGCGUUCCCACUGGCAUCGCCACCCUCCCUACAGAUGGGGACACCGUCGCCUGGCAACGUGCUCGGCGUGUCCUCUCCUGGCAACCCUCAGCUGCAUGUGCCAUCUCCAGGUUCAUUUGUUCCAGCCCCUUCUCCAUCUUCCCUGGGGAUCCAUAUGCCGUCUCCCGCCACAGCUUUCAUCAGCCCUCAAGGCAUGCUGGAAGGUGGCUCCCCCUACCAUGGCGGUGGCUUGGUCACUCCGUCCCCUGGUCCACGGAACUGGCCAGGCUCUCCCUCGCCAGCGUCCAGGCAUGGGACGGCUCAUUCCCCUGGGGCUGGCCACCAGGCUUUGCACUCGCCUCCUAACAGGGACCUGGUGAUGAGUCCACCGUCAAGGAUGUUACCCCAGAGGUCCUGGGCCGCCUCCAUACCCACCCUGUUGACCCAUGAGGCCUUGAACAAACUGCUGACCCCAACGUCCACUCCUGGUCAAGGUCCUGGGCUGGGCUUCCUCCCCUGCUGUCCACUGCAGAGAUUCCUGGGCUGUGUGUUUCUGAAGAGAAGUCUGCAGAGAAUUGUUCAGACUGAUGACGCUCUGCAGCACAUUCCCCCCACUGAGCCUGGAGUGGUUAUGUUUAAGAGUGACAGCAUGCAGUUCAGGGUGGCACUAAACCCAAACACACAGCAGGUGCUCCAGAUGAAGAUCACGCCUUCUAUAGACCAGUGGAGUCAUGAUGAGCUGCAGGUGCUGGAGAGGUUCUUUGAAGUACGUGUCACAUGUCCUCCAUACAAACUGUAUGCUGUCACCGCCUUCACUAAACUGCUGGCUGCUCCACCAAGAAUACUCAAAGACUGUGUACAACUCAUGAGACUGGAACUGAUGCCAGACCGUAGUUUCAAGUGGGGUGUCCACUGGUGUUUGACCAGUGCGGCCAGUUCAUCCCCAAUUGUGGCUGGGGCACCUGCUGUCCUCAUCAAGGGAAACAAGAUGUUGUUCAUGAUCCAGUUGACGCGUAUGUCUGCCCCGCCCACCCCCGGGGGUAGUGACCAGCAGAGUAUCGUGAUUCCUAUCUUGUAUGACAUCAACACUAACAUCACCAGUAUGGUGGACCAGUCCAGGAACCAGCCCCAGGGGUCCAGCCCCCAGGCCAUGGCCGUCAUGAACAUGCUGAAACGUUUCACAGAAUAUCAUGCUAACUCUGCCGAGUGCUCCAUAUUCCCUGCUGUUAGGGAACUGAUGGCUAACUUGAUACUGCCGGUUUAAACAGACACUGCUUCGAUAACUUAUUAUUAAAACAAGGAGACAGUAAAUCCUCCUAGGACUGACAGAGAGAGGUCCAUUGACUGCUAUGUGCAGUUGAAGUGACUUUGAAAGAACUGGUUUUUGUCACAGUUAUCAAUAAAGUCACAUAACACAUUUUACUAGUCAGCAAUUCUGAUCUUCAUACGUGUCACAUUCACAGAUCCUGUAUGUAUGUAAUCGCUAGUUACAAAACACUUAUGCCUAAUGCAUUGUUUACAGUACUGUUUUAUAAUAAAUUCAUAUAUAAGUGCAUCA